CACAACUACUCCUAUUUACGCUACUAUCACCCGGUGUUCUUCCAUACAUACAAUUCAUUUUUAGUUGAUAAAGGUAUCACAAUUCAAUCACGCUAGUAUCAUACAGGUUUGGAGCGUUCCUAGUGACCCUUUAGCCACGUCUGACAAGGGACAAUUGUGUUAGGUUAUUACACAGACAUUCGAAACUUUUGUGGUGAAACCGCUGGUAGAUAUGGCGACCCUGAACUUAUCAGCAAAUGGACCUUCGAUAUCAAAGAGCUAUCAAAAUGUCGUGAACUCCUCUCUUGCGGGUUCUGACACAAGUUCUCCUACCUAUGGACAAUGGGCGAUCUUCUCCGUUUCUACACCACUUGUCAAUGCUUUCCAGAAAGAGAGUUCCAACAAAGAAAGUGUCUUGAAAGUUCAAGAUACCGGAGCCGGAGAAUUGGCGGAUCUUAUUGAUGAAUUUUCAGAAGGGAAAAUACAGUUCGCUUAUGUCAAGGUUGUAGAUCCGAAUUCGGGUCUUCCCAAGAAUGUUCUAAUUGCCUGGUGCGGCGAAGGUGUCCCUGAACGGACAAAAGGAUAUUUUACCAGCCACUUGUCUGCCGUUUCGAAGUUCUUGCAUGGAUAUCACGUACAGAUAACUGCUCGCUCGGAGGGAGACCUAACCGCCGAGGGAAUCAUACAGAAAGUUGGCGAUGCAUCUGGUGCAAAGUACACUCCAGGUACAGCCCAACAACCAUCCUUGACACCCAAGCCGCCGGUAUCCACGAAGCCUGUUUUCACCCCUAGCCGCACUACUGGCAUUGAUUUGGGAGCAGAGGUAUCGGGCCCACAGCGGCUAGUCCGGAGCCAUGAUGACAAUGAUGGCUGGGGCCCUGAUGCGCCACCCAUUACCAGGACCGAGCUUGAAAAGGUCCAACCAGCCUAUAAGCCGACGAAGGUUGAUAUCCAGAAACUGAGGUCAGAGUCAAAGGAUGCCACCAAUGUAGGUGAUGGGCACCGUCCUGAUGAUCGUGGCGAUAUUGUCAAAGGCGGUUAUCAGCCUGUUGGGAAGGUAGAUAUUGCCGCAAUCCGGAAGCAGGCACGUGAAGCAGGCAACAUAAGUGAUGAUAAGCCAGAGCCUGUGAGGGGUGCAUAUGAGCCUGUCGGAAAAGUCGACAUCGCUGCAAUCCGCUCCAAAGUACAGAAACCAACCGUUUCUGUAGCUGACAAUGAGCGCGGGCCUCAUGAGCUGGCUGAUCAUGCAGCGCCGCCCAGCAGUUCCGAGCGUUUGAGAAGCUUACCGAAGCCGAAAGUGGCGAACAAGUUCGGUAUUAAUUCAACGUUCGUGGGCACAAAACCGCCUCUGCCUGUUGUCCCUUCUACGAAGCCGGGCUCUUCCACCGCACAGAUUGGCAGUGCAAGCCGUACGUUUGCCGAUGAGGGUGGAAAGACGCCGGCACAACUCUGGGCAGAGAGGAAAGCUAAAGAGCGUGGACAAGACGCUGUGUCGGUCCCGCCACCGUCUGACGGCGCUACUUCUAUCAACCAGGAAAGUGGAAAGGGGGAAUGGAAGAGUUCCUAUAGCGGCAAAACUUGGGCCCCGGUUCAGACCACAAACACCGGCAAGUCACUCGAUAAUGACGUUCCGCAGCCGUACCAGGCAUCAGAUUCUACACCUACUGAGUUGGCCCAAACCGAUGCCCAAGCUCUCCAACCAAGCGUCAGUGCUAUCAGGGACCAAUUCUCUCAGGGCCCUUCGCCAGACUCCCCUCUGGUACGAGACAGUGCCAUGAAUAGCAGCCAUUCCUUUCCUUUACCUGGCCUGCAGGUCGAUUCUCAGGACUCGGAGACCCCUCAAGAGUCCGUAACUCAUCAAGAGCUCCCUACCCCACCGCAACAGCCUCGAUCUCCAACCCCACCAAGUCCGGAGCGCGAAACUUCCCCAAUACGUGUUGCCCUACCUGUGGGUAAAGGGCUUACUGAUGUCCACGACGAGCAACACUCACCACCUGUAAUACCCAUUGGAAGUCUACAAGAGGCAGUGCCGAAAGACGACGAGCUGGAGGAGGACGUGCACGACAUUGGACGGGCCACAGCCCAAGCUACUGUUGGUGAUGAAGUUCAAGAAAACGGGAUCAAAGCUCUCGUGCAGUAUGAUUACGAAAAAGCGGAAGACAACGAGAUCGAACUGAAGGAAGGCGAGUACGUUACUAAUAUUGAAAUGGUCGAUCAGGACUGGUGGUUAGGGUCGAACGCCCAGGGAGAUAGAGGUCUUUUCCCCAGCAAUUAUGUGGAGGUAGUUGCAGAUGACGAACAGACCCGGGCGGCUUCAGAGCGGGGCGAGGAUACGGUUGAAACGGUCUCUUCAGUGCCUGUCGCGAAAGUCACUGAAUCUCCGGCUCCGGCUCCGGCUCCAGCUCCAAUUAAUGAGUCUACUGCGACAGCGCUGUAUGAUUAUGAAGCCGCUGAAGAUAACGAACUCAGCUUUCCAGAGGGCGCUGAAAUAACGAACAUUGAAUUCCCCGAUGAUGAUUGGUGGUUUGGUGAGUACCUUGGUAAAAAGGGGCUCUUCCCAGCCAACUAUGUGCAACUUGCGAAAUAAGCAGUGCACUCCUUGCCUGCUUCUUUAUACAACUCGCUGUGUGCGACAGCCCAGUACGGUACGUUGGACGAGUUGACCAUUAAGACAUCCACUGGUGAGGGGAGAAGAGCAGAAGUAUGCCUGCGAAUGUGUGUGACUUGCCUUGGCAGGUUGUUGUGGGCUUGUUUCCUGCCUUUGUUGCUUUGUAAAUGUACUUAGUAUGCACUUGUUAUCAAUGCAUGUUGUAUAGUUUCCAGCCUUGUACUGCUAAUUUAGCGGAGUCUGAAUAUUGCUAGAGUCGAGAAGAUGGAUGUUGUUGGUCUAAGCAAACUUCAUCGAAGCAGGAAGUGGCUGAAGUUCACAAUUACCUGGGUGCAUAGAGUACGUAGCACUUUGUAGAUAGAUGCCUGGAAAGCCGACGGACAGUCUAUUAACACGAACGAAUUGGAG